AUGAAUGGUCAACUCCAAGGUAGCUUUAAAGGUGGUAAAGGGCUUUGUCAAGGUGAUCCCAUCUCUCCCUUACUCUUUGUUCUAGUCAUAGAAUAUCUUACGCGUGCACUUCAUGGGGCUGCUAAGGACAAGAAAUUCAGGUUCCAUCCUUUAUGUAAAUCGUUGAAUAUUACUAAUCUUUGCUUUGCGGAUGAUUUACUUCUUGUUUGCAAAGCUCAUGCUAGUUCUAUUCAGAUUAUUCAACAGUCUUUUGAAACCUUCUCAGCUGCUUCUGGUCUGUACAUCAAUAAUUCCAAGUCCCGAAUAUUUUUUGGUGGUAUCUCAGGUACUGAGAAGGCGUAUCUGUUGAGUCUUUCUAAAAUGACAGAAGGGAGUUUUCCUUUAGUUUAUCUUGGCAUGCCUUUGAUACCUACAAAAUGGAAAUCUAUAGACUGUGAUCUCAUUAUUUUGAAAAUAAGGCAAAGAUUACAUGGUUGGGCUAGUCGAAACUUGUCUUAUGCUGGUCGUGUGCAACUUAUUCAGUCGGUCUUAAUGGGGAUAAGGAAUUAUUGGAUGAGCAUCUUUCUUCUUCCUCAAAAGGUCAUCAAGGAAAUUGACUGUCUGUGUAGGAACUUUUUAUGGGGUGGUAAAGGCACUAGAAGUAAGUUUCAUCUUGCCUCUUGGGAUCUAGUUUGCAGACCUAAAUCUUAUGGUGGUUUAGGCAUUAAAGAGGGAUCUCUCUGGAAUAAAAUCAAUUUUGCUAGAUUCAUUUGGGCUAUCUCUUCUAAGCAGGACAUCCUUUGGGUUAAAUGGGUUAACUGUAUCUAUUUAAAAGGGGUCCAGAUUUGGGAUUAUGAGUUGCAUAAAGAUUCUAGCUGGUACUGGAAAAAGUUGAUUAAGAUGAGUAAAUCUUCGUCUAACUCGAUCUUGAAUGAAGCUGUCAUACAGGGGAAAUUCCAGCUGAGCAAACUGUACUUACUGUCUAUUCCUGGUAUUCCUAUUAAUAGUAUGAAGGCUGUUUGGUACAAUCUUUCAGUGCCCAAACAUAGGUUCAUUCUUUGGCAGGUUAUUAACCAGAAGCUUCUCACUAGGGACUUAUUGCAGCACUGUCACAUACCAAUUAUCUCUCUGAAUUGUCUGGUCUGUGAGGUUGAGCUGGAAAGCCAUUCUCAUCUAUUUUUUGACUGUAUACUGUCCAAAAGAGUGCUUCAAGCUGUUGCUGUCUGGCUGGGUGGUUUAAUUUGGUUUGAAAAGUUCAAAGACUGGAGUAGCUGGCUGAAUGAUUCCAGGAAUGGUGGCUUGGCUCGGGUAGUCUCAGCCACUUUGGCUGCAACUGUGUACUAUCUUUGGCUUAAUAGAAAUAAAUGUUGUUUUGAUAGUAGCUGCUAUUUAGACUUUCUUAUUAAAGAAUCAGUUAAAGCUAGAGUUUUUAGCCUAAGUUUUAGAGCUAAAAAACAGACUUUGAGAGAGAAAUUGAUGAUCCACUUUUUCUCUAGUUUGUAA